UUGGAGAAAAACGACCCAACCUAACGAAGGCGCAACAAGAACCGAUGACACUACCCAGUAAUGACGCAUGGAAGACAAUAGAAGAACAUACCGACGACAAAACGACCACCAAACAAGAAGAGAUGAACGAUGACCUUGAAAAAAUGACGAAUGAAUGA